AUGAACCCUUAUACUGUUGUAUCAGUAGCAUCAUUUAUAUGGCUCAUCAAACGUCUGGAGACCGCUAUCCUCUCACCUCUAUCUCAAAUUCCCAAUGCACACUUCACGACGCCAUAUUUAAAGUUAUGGUUAUUUUGGCAUCGAGCAAAUGACACUGAGCACAAAGUACGAUAUGCUGCUCACAAAAAGUACGGUCCUGUUAUUAGAGUUGCACCAAGAGAAUUGAGUAUCAAUUGCCUUGAAGGUGGUGUCAAAACGGUAUAUGGUGGUGGAUUCGAGAAAGGGGAAUGGUAUUCGAUGUUCUUGAACUAUGGUCACAGCGUCUUGUUUUCUAUGAAGGAGACACCAGUACAUACUGAACGCAAACGCAUGUUGUCUCAUGUCUAUUCCAAUUCUUUUAUCCAGGCAUCCGAGGCCUUGACGGAAAUCUUGAGGAAUAUUACCUACAGCAGAUUUAUUCCUCGGAUGCGUAUUUGGGCGGAAAAAGGCAUACCAGUGAAUAUAUUUCAAGAAAAUAAAGCACUGUUCAUGGAUCUCACGAGUGCGUACUUAUUUGGUCUCAAAAAUGCAUCAAAUCUUGUUGAAGAUCCUGGCAAGAAAAUGAUUCUACGAAAUUUUGAGCUAGGUCUUUGCGGGCUAUUCUGGAGACUCGAUGUUCCUAAUCUUACAAAAUGGAUGGCUCGUUUUGGCAUGAGCCCGUUAAAUGAAGGAAUAGCUUCUGCUUCCCAAGCAAUGGAAGACUUCAUUCUCUCAAUGGCCAACCAAGCACGAGACACUCUUCAUUCUGAAGAUGCUGAGGAGAUAGAUUCUUAUCCAACCGUCUAUGGACAACUACGCCAAAAGCUUGAGGCUUCGGAAACCCUUUCUGCGGAUCAAAUAGACACAGUGGUUGCUGCAGAAAUGCUAGACCAUAUCACAGCUUCACAUGAAGGAUUAUCUAUCACGGUAAGCUAUUUGAUGGCUGAGCUCGCUCGUCACACAUCUAUCACCUCGCGGCUUCAGAAAGAACUACUUUCUGUGAAUUUGGACAUAACGCCUUCGCAACAAAUUGAUUCAUUACCGUUACUAAAUGCUAUACUUAUGGAAACACUACGGCUGUAUCCUGCUGGUCUAGGAGCAUUUACUCGUCAAGUUCCGGAAAAGGGCGGUAUGAUUGGAAAAUACUCGGUACCGGGCGGUAUUACUGUUAGUGCAUCUGCAUAUACUUUACACAGAAACUCGGAAGUUUUCCCCGAUCCUCUAAAGUGGAAUCCAGAUAGAUGGUUGGAUGCGUCUCCAGAGGCAAGGAAACAAAUGCUGCGAUGGCACUGGGCUUUUGGUAGUGGAGGAAGAAUGUGUAUUGGGAACCAUUUCGCUAUUCGUAUGAUGAAAGCGGUAACUGUAGCAGUUUUCAAAGAGUUUCAGAGUGUAAUAGUGUCGGAGACGAAGAUAGAGCAAGUGGAAGGUUUUAUAGGACAUCCUGCAGGCUAUAGUAUUAUGCUGGCAUUCAAAAGCGCAGAUAAAGGCAGGUCUUGA